AAUGGCGGGGAUGAACGACUUCGCGAAGAGCAUCCUGAUUUUCAUUCUUCUAGCUCUUUCUCUGAGAGUAUGCGUCAGUACUACGGAUUCAGAGGCGGAUCCGAGUGGCUAUAUUCUAUACUGUCCUUGUAUGGGGAGAUUUGGCAACCAGGCUGAUCACUUCCUAGGUGCCUUGGGUUUUGCCUUAAAGUAAAAAACAUUGGGUUUUUCCGCCAGGGUUGAAAACAAAACCAGGAUUCAGGUUCCAUUUGAUACAUACUUCAAAGUAGAGCCUCUUGCAAGAUUUCAUCAUGUGUUGACAAUGCACGAGUUCAUGGACAAACUAGCCCCAACCAUCUGGCCCCCAGAGAAGAGAAUUGCUUUCUGCUACGUUCCGCGCUAUAACUCGGAAGGAUGCAAUGCCAAGGAAGGCAAUCCCUUUGGACCAUUUUGGGACACUUUUGGCGUUGAUUUUGUCGGCUCAGAAUUCUACCGCCCGCUUAGCUAUGACGUCCACUAUCAAAAUAUGGAUGAACAGUGGAAUGAGAAAUACCCUUCUGAGGAAUGGCCAGUGCUAGCCUUCACCGGAGCACCAGCCAGCUUCCCGGUCCAGAUGGAUAACCGUGGCCUGCACAAGUACCUUGUUUGGAGCGAAAACAUUGCCAAAAAAGCCCAGGAUCUAGUUUCUUCUCUGCCUCGCGGUCCCUUCGUGGGGAUCCACUUGAGGAAUGGCAUAGAUUGGGAACGUGCUUGUGAGCAUGUAGAGCACAGCCCUAACCUCUUUGCUGCCCCUCAAUGUUUGGGCUACCGUAAUGAGCAUGGUGUGGCUACGCUUGAGCUCUGUUUGCCCUCAGAAAACGUCAUUGUUAAAAAGCUCAAGCGUGUAAUCAAGUCUGUUGGGGCCAAGAGUGUCUUUGUAGCUUCAGACAACAA